AAACUGUCUUCGUUGAGGGCGGAGGCCUACCCCUCCUUGGCCGCGCUCCGCAGGACCAAAGACCAGCUGCGCGCGCUCGCGAGAGCCGUGCUGAGGAGGCCGGUGGAGGCGCAGCUUGAGAGCAAGGACGAAGAGCCAUCAGAACCUCACAUACUCGAAGACCUGCCAGCUCUACUACUAGACAGCGGUCCCCGCGCGAAACUGUCUUCGUUGAGGGCGGAGGCCUACCCCUCCUUGGCCGCGCUCCGCAGGACCAAGGACCAGCUGCGCGCGCUCGCGAGAGCCGUGCUGAGGAGGCCGGUGGAGGCGCAGCUUGGUAAGUAAUCCC